CUAUGAUAUUCAUCCUCUGUAAGAGAAGACCAUCUGUAUUUCGUCUUUGAGAAUUCAUCUCAUAGUAAUCCAUUAUCGUACCCCUCCAGUGCGUAGAAUUCUCAUGUUGCUACGCAAAUAAUGCUUUAAUUCUUGAUUUAAUAAACAAAGGAAAACUCGUUACGAUAAUAGAUAUAAAAGUAUUUUACAAUAUGCGAAAAUGUCGAAUUCUCAGUGACAGAACUAAUUUUGGAAAUAUUGAAAUAAGCUCAUUUAUUGGUAACUUUUAUAGAAACUUUAACCUUUUAGAUUCAACCCUUGGCGUUUAGAUUCUCCUCUUGAUGAUAAAGAGAUGACAGAUAAGUCCUCUGUGUUAUAAAAAAGCUCCCGAAUUGAUCACACUGGAAUCAUUUUAAAUGUAUCAAAAGUCUUGUUCUUUUACCACUCGUAUUGAUAGGAAACUCAUUAAUACAAAAUGGUUGUAAAGGUAAAGGGAGGAAAUAUAAUAAUGGCUUCCUGAAGAUAAAGGUUGUUUAUUAUUAUUAUUAUCGAUCAUGAGCUCAACUUUGUCAUUGUUUUAUAUACCCUAUGAUCAAAUGAUUUUUUAUCAAUGAUUGUUAAAGAACGAUAAGCAAGUGGCUGCUUUAUCCAAGAUUAUGCGGGUAUAAAGAAUGAUAGAAUCUACUAUAUUUGAAGAAUGAGAAUUACUAAAAACAUGAGUAAUUUAGGUAAAUUGGGGAUACUAGCUAAAAGUCUUGCUUGUUUUUCUCCGUUAAGUUGAAGAUUCUACUUGAUGAUUAAUCCGGUUGUUCUUGUUAUUUUCUUAAAGUAUCUCUAUUUAUAAUCUAUCAGGAGUAACUGUACCAUUUAAAAAUUAUUGAUUGUUUCUCUUUCACUUACACUUAAAAUCGACUUCAAGAUGCCUUCUUCAGAAACUGCUCAUAGUCGUAGUUCAAUUGAGAAAAGCGCAUCGUCUUCCGAGCUAAAAGCCGAGGCUAGCAUCAAGGAUUUUGCAACUGAAAAACCAACAACAGAAGGUGUAGGAGCUGUGGAUGUCGUGGCAGAUGAAUUGCUCGUUGAUGAUGAGUUUACAUUCACAGACAAAGAAGCCAGAAAGGUUCUUUGGAAGAUCGAUUUCGUAAUGAUGCCAGUCAUGUGUAUUACAUACAUGAUUCAAUAUUUGGACAAGACGGCCUUGUCUUAUGCUGCUCUAUACGGUAUGAAGAGUGAUACCCAUAUCGACGGUCACAUUUAUAGUAGUAUGACUACGUUAUUCUAUAUUGGUUAUCUUGUGGCUCAAUACCCUGCCGCUUAUAUUAUGCAAAAAGUUCCCCUUUCCUUAUUUAUUCUCAUUGAUGUGAUACUUUGGAGCGCCAUGGUUUGCUUGAUGGCUGCUUGUCGUAAUGGCUCCUCUCUAUUAGCUCUUCGUUUUCUCGCCGGUGUGUUUGAAGCUUCUAUUACACCAGCAUUUAUCAAUAUAACAGCCAUGUGGUAUAAACGUGACGAACAACCGAUGAGAACUCUGUGUUGGUAUGCAUUUAAUGGCGUCGCUCAGAUCAUCGGGUCUAUUUUAUCUUAUGGUUUAGGUCAUAUUCACCAUAAAAUUGCUUCAUGGAGAUACAUUUUUAUUGUCAUAGGCUUAAUGUCGCUGGUUUGGGGCCUUGUUUUUGUAUAUGUCCCCAGUAAUCCCGCAAAAGCACGUUUCCUUAGUCCUCGUGAGCAACGAAUCGCUUUGGAAAGGGUGAGAGAUAAUAGAACUGGUUUAGAAAACAAAACUUUCAAACUCUCUCAAGCUUGGGAAGCGUUUCGUGAUCCCCAAGUAAUUUUGAUAACUCUGUUUACUGGUAUAUGUAUGAUUACCAAUGGUAUCGGUGUUUUCAGCACUUUAAUUAUCAAUGGGUUGGGCUAUGGUGAAUUGAAAUCAGCCAUCCUUAACAUGCCCUUAGGUGCUAUUGAAGUUGCUGCCAUGAUCGUCAGUGGUAUUCUCUGUAAGAUUUGCAAGAACGGACGUCUGUUAAUUGGUGCUUUGUGCAGUUGCUUAAAUUUGGUUGGAUGCCUCAUGAUUUGGAAAAUCCCUCAAUCCAAUCCUUAUGGCCGUUUGGUGGGUGUAUGGUUCACAAUGUGGGUACCUGCAGCUAGUGCAUUGUUGUUGUCGCUCAUUUCUUCUAACGUUGCUGGUUACACGAAGAAGAGCGUUACUAAUGCAACUGUUUUUGUUUUUUAUUCCUUAGGAAACAUUAUCGCUCCCCAGUUGUUCAAAUCUGGCCAAACCCCAGAAUAUAUUGAGGGGAUUCAGGCUAUGGUUGUUGCUCUUUGUUUAAUUAUGGCGAUCGCCUUUAUAUUAAUUGGUUAUUAUCUUUAUGAAAACAAAAGGCGAGAUGCUUUGAUGGCUAAUGAUCCUUCUAUAGCAUAUUCUGUUAAGAAUGAAGAGUUUAUGGAUCUUACCGACCGCGAGCAAAUCAAGUUUCGGUAUCGUUGGUAAAAGUGGAUUGGUUCGUUAUGUUUGCAUUUUUUGUUAAUCAUUGAAUUUAUUUAUCUUCUACAGACAUUAUUCGAGCUUUCCUUAGUCUUUUUUUGUUUUCAAUCUCAAAUAUGACUUGUGGUGUGCGUAUUGGCUGUGUACACAAUGUACUGCUCUAUUCCUAAUGAAUCUCAUGACCUAUUCAGCCAACUCAUGGAGAGGAAACGGCUAUACCUUUCAACGUUAAAUUGGUUAGCUAUAUCACCUAUGCAACUUUUGACCAUCUCUCUUCCUUUCCCCUUUUUUGUCUUCUGCAUGUACUUUGUUUACUACUAAGAUUAGUGCUUACAUAUUAGUCUUCCCUCUAGGUAACUUUA